AUGGGAAUAUAUUCACUAAUCACAGGGAGACGAGGACCAAGUGGGUUUGGUUCAUCUACCACAGCUGAAGAGGUUACUCAAGGGAUUGAUGCAACUCAUCUCACUGCAAUUAUCACAGGAGGGACAGGGGGGAUAGGAAUGGAGACAGCGAGGGUAAUGGCUAAGAGAGGUGUUCAUGUGGUGAUUGGUGCCCGAAACAUGGGAGGUGCAGAAAAUGCCAAAGCCGAGAUUCUCAGACAAAACACAAACGCACGUGUCACCCUCCUCCACUUAGAUCUCUCUUCGUUCAAAUCCAUCAGAGCCUUUGUUCGUGACUUCCAUGCCCUCCAUCUUCCUCUCAAUCUCCUCAUAAACAACGCAGGAGUAAUGUUCUGUCCAUACCAACUCUCUGAAGAUGGAAUCGAGUUGCAGUUUGCUACAAAUCACAUUGGUCAUUUUCUGUUGACAAACUUGCUCCUAGACACAAUGAAGAUCACAGCCAAAACCAGUGGUGUUGAAGGAAGAAUUUUGAAUCUAUCAUCCAUAGCUCAUAUAUAUACUUAUAAAGAAGGAAUCAAGUUCGACAGCAUCAAUGACAUAUGCUGUUACUCGGAUAAAAGAGCUUACGGGCAAUCAAAACUAGCCAAUAUAUUGCACGCGAACGAGCUCUCCCGUCAACUUCAGGAAGAGGUAGUGAACAUUACAGUGAACUCAGUGCACCCUGGUCUCAUCCUCACCAAUCUCUUCCAACACACUGCUCUUUUAAUGAGGUUCUUGAAGUUCUUCAGCUUUUACUUGUGGAAAAAUAUACCUCAGGGAGCAGCUACAACAUGUUAUGUUGCUCUGCAUCCAAAUCUGAAGGGAGUAACAGGAAAGUACUAUGCAGAUUGCAAUGAAGUCACUACAAGCAAACUGGCUAGAGAUGAGACUUUGGCACAAAAACUCUGGGAAUUUAGCGUUAAGCUCAUCAACUCUGUUUCUAAAAAGAACUACUUGGGUUAUGAGGACACCAUUUAUUGAGAUAAUACGUAUCUCUUGUUGUCACUUAAAACCUAUAAAAGUGCAAAGCAUGAGUGAGUUUUGGAUGUGAUGUACCUUGUUUUUCAGAUAAACAUCAGAUCGAUGGUAAUAGUGUUAAACAUAAU